UCUCAAUGUUAGGGACCAUUUAAGACCCCGUUCAAUGCAUGAGUUCAAGUGAAGAAGUUAGGAAUGUCGAUUUAAUUAUUAGUUUAAGAGUUUAACUGGCACGGAUUUGGACACAAUUGAAUCUUCGAAAGGAAACUAGCUACCAUGACUGUCGUUAUUGGAUUUGAGGGCAGUGCCAAUAAGAUCGGCAUUGGAAUUAUCCAGGAUGGUGAAGUGCUCUCCAACCCUAGAAGGACCUAUAUUACCCCUCCUGGACAAGGCAAGGUUCAUGCCAAGUGACACUGCCAGGCACCACCGUGCUGUCAUUCUGACUGUUUUAAAGGAGGCGUUGGAGCAGGCAGGGCUGAAGCCUGCAGACAUAGACUGUGUGGCAUACACUAAAGGUCCUGGUAUGGGGGCCCCCUUAGUGACGGUGGCUCUGGUGGCUCGUACAGUCGCACAGCUUUGGGGGAAGCCGCUCCUCGGUGUCAACCAUUGCAUUGGACACAUUGAAAUGGGCCGACUCAUCACACAAGCCAAUAACCCCACCGUGCUUUAUGUCAGUGGAGGGAACACACAGGUUAUUGCAUACUCAGAGAGGCGGUACAGAAUAUUUGGGGAGACCAUUGACAUUGCGGUUGGCAACUGUCUUGACAGGUUUGCCAGAGUUAUAAAGAUUUCCAAUGACCCCAGUCCAGGCUACAACAUCGAGCAGAUGGCCAAAAAAGGGACUCAGUAUGUGGAGUUGCCAUAUACAGUAAAGGGAAUGGACGUCUCAUUUUCUGGGAUUUUAUCUCAUAUUGAGGAAGCUUCUCAUAAGAUGCUGAACUCUGGUCAGUGUGCUGCAGAGGACCUGUGUUUCUCCCUUCAGGAGACUGUGUUCUCCAUGCUGGUAGAGAUCACUGAGAGGGCCAUGGCACACUGCGGCUCCCAAGAGGUCCUCAUUGUAGGGGGCGUUGGCUGUAACAUGCGCUUGCAGGAGAUGAUGGGGGUGAUGUGUAAGGAGAGAGGAGCCAAGCUGUUUGCCACAGAUGAACGAUUUUGCAUUGACAACGGGGCAAUGAUUGCGCAAGCAGGCUGGGAGAUGUUUAGGGCCGGUCAAGUGACAGAGCUGGAAGAUUCGUGGAUUACACAAAGGUACAGAACCGAUGAAGUGGAGGUGACGUGGAGAGACUGAACGAUACCAUGGUGCUGUGCAUGUUGUUACAGCAGGUCUCUUAUGCUGCUCUACUCCAGGGACACAAUUUUGCUUAAAGAAAAAUACAUUUAAUUAGUCUUUAACCAACUGACCAGUUACAAUUUCCUUGGGAAAGUUGUUAUUUUCACAUUUUGAACUUCAUUGCUCCUUCUGGUCAGUUGAGGUGAAAUGUUUUGGCAAAUCAAGCUGAGACAUUGACUUUACCAUAUUCACUGCUAUUCAUUGCCAUCGAGUGAAGACAUCCAUUGUUAAAUUGUUAAUAUGCAGUAAUAAAUCCAAACUUUAAAAGAAAGGGAACUGUUCAAGUUCAUU